AUGAAACCGAAUUUUAUUAGGAAAACGACCAGGUUUUCCACAGUUUAUCAGAAGUGGGAUUCGGAUUCGGCAUUGGAUGGAAAAAUGAGAAAAUUCGAUCCGAAAAUUGUGAUCUUUCUGCUGGCUGCCGCCAUUUCACUGCACGUGGGACCGGUAAGAAUGCCUUAUGGUGAUACUACUGAUAAAUCGGAUGGUAACAUAUUAGUGCAAGAUUUUGAGGACUUUUAUGCACUAAAUCAUCCCCAACAAGCAACUCCUGCUAGUGCUCCUACCGGUAACAGGAACGAAGACAUGAAUUUCAACAUGAAUUUGAUGAUGAAAGCUAUGAAUGCCAUGCUCAGACAGAACGCUGUAUUAAUCAAAAAUCUAAUGGAACGAGCUGAAAAGAAUUAUGUUCAAAACUAUAACAUUAUGCCGGACUUUUCCAAAUCUAUAUCUGUUUUCACCGGCGAAGACUUGAACAGGAGUCAGCAUUGGCUGAGCUCUUUGGAAGCUGCAGCUACCCUCCAUCAUUGGCCCUCUGCAUUUAUGCUAGAGACAGCUAGAACACAUCUUGUCGGAGCAGCUUUCCACUGGUAUGAAGCUAGAAAGAGUAGCCUGACAAAUUGGCCAGCGUUUAGAGAAGAAUCCAAAGGUACGUUUGUGCAUGAAAGACAACUCACUUCGCUCUGGAAGGAGAUGACGUCAAGGGUACAAGGACCAAAAGAUGAUCUGAGUACUUAUCUUCAUGAAAAAGUCAAACUCUGCAGCCAAUUACUCCUGGAUUUUGAGAAACAGAAGGAUCAGAUUGCUUUUGGUCUUCAGUCAAGGGAAUUGGCAUCCAUGAUUGUAUCAAAGACGCACAUUGACAUUGAUGAUCUUUUUCGAGACCUGGUUAGAUAUGAAGAACUCAAUUGGGAGCGAAGACAGCGUCAACCCCACGAUCGUACCCAGCAACAGUCCAGAGGUGAAGAGAGGACAUCCUUAAGCCGAGAAGUAUUGAGGUGUUUCAACUGCAACGGAGCAGGACAUGUUGUCAACUCUUGCAGAAAGCCAAAACGUGAGGAGGGUUCAUGUUCCAUAUGCGGUUCCACCCAACAUCAACAGAGGACUUGCCUGAAGGAAGGAACUGUUCCAUCAACUAUGGCUACUCAAGUGUCAACACUAAAAGUUAAUGAUUUGAAAAUCCUGAAGAAGGAAUUCAGCGACGUGAAUGAGACGAAAUUUGCAUUGUUGACACGAAAAGGAGUAUUCCCAUAUGAUUAUGUCGAUAAUGUGGAAAGAUUGGAUGAAUCCGAGUUGCCAAGUAUUCAGAAUUUCUAUAACAAAUUGAACGAUACAAAUAUUUCGGACGACGAUUACGCGCACGCGCGAAAAGUUUGGGAAUCUUUCGAGCUGAAAUCGCUGGGAGAAUAUAGCGACCUAUAUAUGCGGACCGAUAUUCUUCUUCUUGCUGACGUCAUGGAAAAUUUCCGUGCGUCAUCCCUCAAGACCUAUGGCCUCGAUCCUGCUUGGUAUUACACCAUGCCUGGCUAUACUUGGGACUGCAUGCUCAAGUAUACUGGGUGUAAGCUGCAAAUCAUCAAAGACAUCGACAUGGUGAUGUUUGUGGAGCAGGCGAUAAGAGGAGGAGUAUCGAACAUUUCCAGCACCAAGAAAUCAUUAGUGGAUUUACCAAUGAAACUUACAGAGAAACCAGAUGGAAUAUCAACUGGUUUCGACUGUGCCAGUGCUAGAUAA